AUGACACAACCAGUACUGUCAACGGAUACAAUGUUCAAGUUGACAAGGAUUCAAGAGGAUUCUUUCAAGUUCGUGAGCCUCUUAUUCACACCUCCAUUACUGUCUGACUCUUCAGAUCGUUCCAUCUGUUCCACACCCGUCAGACCCCUUCCGGAGUCGCUUACGGAGGUCUGAUCUUCGCGCAAGCAGUGGCGGCGGCCGAGAAUACUGUAGAGACACAAUUCAAGCCACAUUCCAUGCACUCGUACUUUUUGUCGGCGGGUGAGUCGAUUUUGAAGUAUCCGGGCCGUUCGGUAUUUCCAGUGCUCGCCGCCGAACCGAUCACUUACAAUGUGAACAAGUUGAAAGAGGGAAGGUCGUUCGUACAAAGAUCGGUGGAAGGCGUUCAAAAUGGAAAACUCUGUUUCAUGCUCCAAGUUUCUUUUCACAAGGUUCGCAUCGGUUGAUAGGUCAUCUACAUGCAUUUGUUGAACAUUUCAGCCGGAAACGGAGAGUCUGAUCCAUCAGGAUCUCAUGCCGCAAGUGCCCCGUCCGGAAGGAUUGAAAGACAUGAAAGAGGCGGUGAUUGAGAUGAAACGGCUUGUGAACGAACGGCUCAUCACUUUGAGCCCGGCAAUGUUCCAUCGAUUGAUGGUGCUCGACAACAAGGCUUACAUCAAUCAGGAGGAUGUGUUCGAGGUCACAAAUGAGAAGAAUUUUGAAAAGCGAAUGAUUUUAUAGAUGAGGUGUGCGAAUCUCGGGAACUAUUACGGAUUUGCGAGCGAUCUGAGACCGGAAAUGUGUUUUUGGAUGAAAACGAAACAGAGACUGGGAGACGAUGAGCGAUUGCACAGGUAAUCAAUAUUCCAGACUUGCCAAAUUACGGGCCGGCCCGGCGGGCAUUUGCUGGCCCGGCCCUUUUUGAACCGGGCCGACCGGGCCGGGCCGGGCCGGAGUUUUGAAAAUUUUGGCCCGGCCCGUGGCAACUCUGCAAUAUUCUUAAUGGGGCUAUUCAGGCUAUGAAAAAAAUGAUUUUUUUUUCCGUAUUUUGCGGUGUAAAAAAACGAAAAAAACGGAAAACAAACGUACGCCGAAUAGCCUCAUAAAGAGAGAAUAGAAAUGAAUGUGUUUAAACCAAAAAUGAAAACUUUAUGGGUGUUAUGAAACAGAGAACAUGUAUGGUUUUACAAAAAUCGGAAUCAGAGAUGUGUCUAAAGUGAAUUUUGCUGUUCCGAAAACAUUUUUUUUUUGCGGAAAACUGGAAAAAUGUACAAAAUUAUGUUUACUUGUUGUUAAUUCGCAAAUACAAUCGACUUACUAGGAAAAGUCGAUUUUUUUGGAUUUUCUGGAACGUUCCAAAGUUUCAGCAUUAAAAAAGUGGAAGUGCUUUUUUUUGACCUCCCACGUGACCGUAUUUGGAUUUUCUUUCGCUUAUCCGAAACUUGCUGAAAGAGUCCGUUUGAUAUAUUUUAUUAGCCAAAAAAAAAAACAAAUAAAAAAGGAAUAGUUCUUCAUUUGUGAUACGCUUCAACGAAAUGUUUGAAUUGAAGCAGAGUUUGUUGGAGCAGAAUGAGCACAAAAUGAACGAAAUUCCUUGUUCCCUUGUUUUAGGAAAAAAAGUUUUCGGGAAAAGGAAAACGGAAUUAAUUCUCUACAACUGCGGUCGAAAUCUGUAAGAUCAAAGUUUGAUUUCAAUGCCUUCUCGAGCAGUUGAAUUGCAUACCGUAUUCCAGAUGGCUGAUCGCCUGCAUGAGUGACUCCAUCCUCAUUGUCAGUGCCAUGACUCCUCAUUUCUCGUGAGUCCCUCUCUUUCUUUUUCCUCCCUACCCAUCCGUUUGCAGCCAAGGCUUCGAAGACACGCUCCACGUCUCUCUGGACCACUCGCUCUACUUCCAUCGGACGGAUUUCCGAGCGGAUGAGUGGUUGCUUUGCGAGUCGCGGUCGACCAUCUCGGCCGGUGCGCGGUGCUUCAUUCAGGGAAGAAUAUGGACGAGGGACGGGGUGUUGGUGGCCAGUUGUGGCCAGGAAGCGAUCGUCAGAGGCAAGGACGGACAGAGCUCCAAGAUUUAG